ACUUGACCUUAUUGCUUUUAGCCUGCUGACUUUAUAACUAUUUAUUUAUUUUAUUUUGGUUUGUACCCAAAGAGGGGCUCGAAGGAAAUGAAUUUUGAACCGGCACCUUUCACCACCUUGCAGUACUACCCUGAUCCCUGCAUCCAGCGGUUUGUAGAAACUCCGAGCCACUUCUCCUGGAAGGAGAGUUACUACCGGUCAGCCAUGUCCCACGGCUCACAGCCCAGGGAAUUCCUCAGCCCAGAGGUGCUCCAGCAUAUCUGGGACUUCCUGGAACAGCCAAUAUGCUCGGUUCAGCCGAUCGAUCUGAACUUCAUCGAUGGCCCAUCUGAAAAUGGCCCUACAAACAAAAUAGAGAUUAGCAUGGACUGUGUUCGGGUGCAGGACACGGAGCUGAAUGACCCAAUGUGGCCGCAGUACACGAACCUGGGGCUCCUGAACAGCAUGGACCAGCAGAUCCAGAAUGGCUCUUCCUCCACCAGCCCCUACAACACGGAGCACGCGCAGAACAGUGUCACGGCCCCCUCACCUUACGCCCAGCCCAGCUCGACUUUUGAUGCCCUCUCGCCCUCCCCAGCCAUCCCUUCCAACACAGACUACCCAGGACCUCACAGCUUCGAUGUAUCAUUUCAACAGUCCAGCACAGCAAAGUCAGCAACGUGGACGUAUUCCACUGAACUGAAAAAGCUGUACUGCCAGAUCGCCAAGACAUGUCCCAUCCAGAUCAAAGUGAUGACCCCGCCGCCCCAGGGAGCCGUCAUCAGGGCUAUGCCAGUCUACAAGAAAGCUGAACAUGUCACCGAAGUGGUCAAACGCUGCCCGAACCACGAGCUGAGCCGGGAGUUCAACGAGGGGCAGAUUGCACCUCCCAGCCACUUGAUCAGGGUGGAAGGGAACAGCCAUGCCCAGUAUGUAGAAGACCCCAUCACCGGGAGGCAGAGUGUGCUGGUCCCCUACGAGCCGCCCCAGGUUGGUACGGAGUUCACAACAGUCUUGUACAACUUCAUGUGUAACAGUAGCUGCGUGGGAGGGAUGAACCGUCGCCCGAUCCUCAUCAUUGUGACACUGGAAACCAGAGAUGGGCAAGUCUUGGGCCGCCGAUGUUUCGAAGCCCGCAUUUGCGCUUGCCCAGGCAGAGAUCGCAAAGCAGACGAGGACAGCAUCCGCAAGCAGCAAGUCUCCGACAGCACAAAGAAUGGUGAUGGUACGAAGCGCCCUUUUCGACAAGGAACUCAUGGCAUACAGAUGACAUCUAUCAAAAAAAGACGUUCCCCAGAUGAUGAGCUCUUAUACUUGCCGGUGAGGGGACGGGAGACAUAUGAAAUGCUACUAAAGAUCAAAGAGUCCCUGGAACUGAUGCAGUACCUUCCCCAGCACACGAUUGAGACCUACCGGCAGCAGCAGCAGCAGCAGCACCAGCACUUGCUCCAGAAGCAGACCUCCAUGCAGUCGCAGUCAUCCUAUGGCUCCAACUCUCCACCGCUCAGCAAAAUGAACAGCAUGAACAAGCUGCCCUCGGUCAGCCAGCUAAUCAACCCCCAGCAGCGCAAUGCCUUGACCCCAACCACCAUCCCCGACGGCAUGGGAACCAACAUUCCCAUGAUGGGCACCCACAUGGCCAUGACCGGCGACAUGAAUGGCCUCAGCCCCACGCAGGCGCUGCCUCCUCCCCUCUCCAUGCCUUCAACGUCCCACUGCACCCCUCCUCCUCCGUACCCCACAGACUGCAGCAUCGUCAGCUUCUUAGCGAGGUUGGGCUGCUCAUCCUGUGUGGAUUAUUUCACGACCCAGGGGCUGACCACCAUCUAUCAGAUUGAGCAUUACUCCAUGGAUGAUCUGGUGAGCCUCAAGAUCCCGGAGCAGUUCCGCCAUGCCAUCUGGAAGGGCAUCCUGGACCACCGGCAGCUCCAUGACUUCUCCUCCCCUCCCCACCUCCUGCGCACCCCCAGCGGCGCCUCCACCGUCAGCGUGGGCUCCAGCGAAACCCGGGGGGAGCGGGUCAUCGAUGCGGUCCGCUUCACACUCCGGCAGACCAUUUCCUUCCCGCCCCGCGACGAGUGGAACGACUUCAACUUCGACAUGGAUGCCCGGCGCAACAAACAGCAACGCAUCAAGGAGGAAGGAGAGUGAGCUCCGCGGACCCUGCUCCACCCCGCCUUGGCCACAAACUGCUCAGCCCUUCAUUUGUCUUCCUUCUGCUUGGUACUGCACCCCUGGACGAAGGGCGGAGGGAGCCUUCUUGCUCGCUCAUGCUAGUUAUGCUCUUGAUGCUGUCUAGGUCGUACUCCUGGACCGCGACCUCCACCCCAGCUCUUGCAAGGGGGAGAGCUGAGCGAAGGGGGAAGGCGGGUGGUAUUUCCUUGAAAGCCGUUGACCUUCUCAAGAAGGCGUUGUUCUUGUUUCAUGUUUUCCUUUGGGGAGAGGGCUUCUUUUCUUGACUUUUGAAUCCUCACACACCUUGUGGGCAUCCUGACCUGCAAACUUGUCUCUCUCAUCCAGCAAUCCUGCUUUGAAAAGCAGGAAGGUUAAAAUAAAUUUUUAAAAAGCCAAAAAAAAACCCCAACCCCAAAACCAAAUGCAAAAAACCCCAAAGCCACCAAACCCUGAACUGGCAGUUCAUCCGAAAAAUAAAUGGGAAUCGGUCUGCUGAAUGUCGCACUU